AUGCCUAGUCCAGCGAAAAAGCGAAAGCAAAAUGGUAAUGAUUCGUCACCGCAAAAAGUGCGCAGUAUUUCUUCCUUUUUUCAAGGACAAACAGCUAGGCAGCCCCAGCUAGCGCCCGACGUCACAGAACAGACUCUCUCGGAUGAAGCUUUGGCACGAAAACUUCAAGCCGAAUGGGAUCAAGAAGAGAAUGGACAAUCCUCUAAUUCUACAGCCAACGAAUCUGCAGCUACAGUAGCAGAGCCAGAGCAAAACGAAGCUCCGUUGGUCCCUUCGGUAGCUCCAGAUACAGCACCUGUAUCCUCUAUCGCACCCAAAAAGAAUACGCUAUCAUUACAGUCAUCUUCCGGAACAGAAGACACAGUAUCCUUUACUGUGCCAUUUGAUCAAAGCCCUCAAACUUUUGAUGCGAGCAAAUAUGCAGCCGAAUUGCGACCGCAUUGGGCUUCAGAGGGCGGCGAUGCUACCUACGCACUACUUACAAGAGCCUUCGUCCUAGCCAACUCAACAACAAGCCGAAUUAAAAUCGUCGACACACUAGUUAAUUUUCUUCGGGUUUUGAUAGUAGGCGACCCGACUAGUGUCCUUCCUGCUGUCUGGCUAGCUACAAAUUCUAUAUCCCCACCAUAUGAUGAGCUAGAGCUGGGACUCGGUGGCUCAUCCAUCUCGAAGGCUCUGAAGAAAAUAUACGGCUUAGACGGUCAAGGUCUCAAAACACUUUAUGAUCGCCACGGCGAUGCAGGAGACGUCGCGUUCGAAGCUAAGAAGCGCCAGGCUUUUACGCUGAUGAAACCCAAGCCCCUUAAAAUCAAAGGUGUCUAUCAAUCUCUUCUCAAAAUUGCCACGAGCAAAGGUACCGGAAGCCAAGAGACAAAACAGCGCAUUGUCGAGAAAUUGUUACAGGAUACUCGUGGCGCAGAAGAGAGUAGAUAUAUUGUCCGAACUCUAGUACAAAACCUACGCAUCGGUGCCGUGAAGACGACCAUGCUCAUUGCUCUUGCGCGUGCAUUUCUCUAUUCAAAGCCCGCUGGAGCUGAAUUUACGAUUCGCCCUCAACAUGAAUUUGCGCGUCUGAAAAAAGACGAGCUUACAGAAAUAUACACAAGUGCCGAGGAAAUCGUCAAAGCUUCCUAUGCCAGACAUCCAAGCUACAAUGAUCUCAUCCCAUGUCUUUUAGAGAUCGGCGUAGCUGAAGAGCUCCUCAUCAGAUGUGGACUAAUGUUACAUAUUCCACUCCGGCCAAUGCUGGGUAGUAUCACGCGCGACCUCUCAGAUAUGUUGACAAAACUACAAGGACGUGAUUUCAGCUGCGAAUACAAAUACGACGGACAACGAGCACAAGUACAUUGCGACGAAAAAGGCAAGGUGUCAAUCUUCUCUCGACACCUCGAACUCAUGACUGAAAAAUAUCCCGAUCUUGUGUCUCUCGUCCCCCAGAUUCGAGGCGAAGGCGUCUCAAGCUUUAUUCUCGAGGGAGAAGUAGUCGCUGUAGACCGUGACACGGGCGACCUACAACCAUUCCAAACUCUGACGAACAGGGCAAAGAAAAACGUCGAGAUCGGAGCGAUAAAAGUCACUGUUUGUCUUUUCUCAUUCGAUCUAAUGUAUCUCAACGGCGAGCCACUUUUAGAUCGCCCCUUCCGUGAACGCAGAGAGCUUCUCCGAAGCCUAUUCAUCGAGAUCCCAAACAAAUUUACCUGGGUCAAGAGUUUAGACGCGACAUCUGCCGAUUCAGAAAGCGUUCUUGAAUUCUUCAAAAGUGCCACCGACAUAAAAUGCGAAGGUAUAAUGGUUAAAGUUCUCGACAACACAAAUAAUAAAACCACAACCCAACCUGAUUCCAAUAUCCUGAAUGAAGACACCAACGCCGAAACAGAAAUUACAUCCACAAACUCCAAAGAGAAAGAAAAACCCACCCGCCGCAAACCCCUCCUAUCAACCUAUGAGCCUGACAAACGACUCGAAUCCUGGCUAAAAGUCAAAAAAGACUACUCCACCACCUCCGACACCCUCGAUCUAAUCCCCAUAGCAGCCUGGCACGGCCAAGGCCGAAAAGCAAAAUGGUGGUCCCCCAUUCUCCUCGCAGUUCGGAACCCGGAAACCGGCGCCCUAGAAGCCGUAACAAAAUGCAUGUCCGGGUUCACUGAUAAAUUCUACGCCUCCAAUAAAGAGAAAUACAGUGAGGGUAGUACGAAUGUUAUUUCGAGACCUGCUUAUGUGGAGUAUUUUGGAGAGCCGGAUGUUUGGUUUGAGCCGUUGGAGGUGUGGGAGAUGGCUUUUGCGGAUAUAACGCUUAGUCCUACUUAUACUGCUGCUAUUGGGCUUGUUAGUGAGGAGAGGGGUGUUAGUUUGAGGUUUCCGAGGUUUUUGAAGGUUAGGGAGGAUAAGGGGAUUGAUGAGGCUAGUACUUCGGAUUAUUUGGCUUUUUUGUGGAGGAAGCAGGUUGAGAGGGCUAGGGUUGAGGGGGAUGGGAAGGCAGAGAAAGAGGAAGAGGCGGAGUUGGGUUGGGCGGAGGAUUGA